AUAAUAAUAAUGCUAAACAUUUUAGCAGUCUUGUUGUGAAUAUACCUUUGCUAAGAAUAGCGUUGUGUAGAUAAUUUUAUUUUCGUAACAGUUUUGAGAUUAGUAGUUUUUUAAGAUAAUUGAUUCAAACAAACAUGAAUAAUUAUUUUAUAUCUUAUUUAAGAGGCUUUCGUGGUUUAUUGAAGCAACUGGAUAAAAAAAUUAAAUGCUUCCACCGAUGUUGCAGCAGUUUGGAUGGAGUUGAAAAGAAAAGUGACGACGAAAAAAAUGUCAUCAGGAAUUCGACGGAGAUUUUACAAUUCAAAAAUGAUCACGUGGCCAAAUACGUUUUGGACUGCAUGUCCAAGUACAGCAGCUCCAUUGCGCUGAUAAACGGAGAGACAGACGAGCGCCUAACAUUCAGUGAGCUGGAGAGGAAGAUCCUGAAAACUGCCAACAUCCUGCUGAGGUUGGGCCUGAAGAAAGGAGAUGUGGUGACAUUGUUCUCUCCUAACAGCAUCAACUACCCGGUUGUUGUGUUUGCUGCCACACUCAUCGGAGCAUCGUGCAGUCCCGUCAACUACUUAUACAACGCAGAUGAGUUGGUGAAGCUGGUGUCACAAGUGGAGCCGUCAACAGUCUUCACGACACGCCAGCUGGUCGCGACAGUCAACCAGAUACUUCCACAGUGUCCGUACAUUAAACGUGUCCUUCUCAUAGACUCCGACUCCGACAUUUUCGUGGAGCAGAACUCUCAAAGCCCCAUCGCAGACGUCAGAAACGUCGACAUAUGCACCGAAGAUGUUGCUGUCCUGCCCUUCUCCAGUGGUACCACUGGUGUCCCGAAAGCCGUCCAGUUGACGCACAGUAAUCUUGUUUACAACCUCCAACAAGCACUCAACCCAGAUAGAUUGGAUUUUCGCAAUGGGGACAGAAUAUUAUCAGUCCUGCCUUACUUUCACAUAUUUGGUUACAUGGCUAACAUGAUGGGAUGCAUGGUCACUGGUGCUACUCAAGUCAUCAUGUCAAGGUUCAAUCCAGAAGUAUUUCUCAAAUGUCUCGAUCAAUAUCAGUGUUCAUACUUGACGGCAGUCCCUCCGAUGGUACUCUUCAUGUGUCGUCACCCCCUCGCGGUCAGCACCACAUUUCCAAAUGUGAGGGCCAUUGUGACGGGGGCGGCUCCAACUCCCGUCAGUCUGAUCGAGGAAAUCAGGAAAAAGUUAAAAGCAGGGGCCAUCGUAAAACAAGCCUAUGGUCUCACGGAAACAAGUCCCGCAGUUUGUAUCGGCCUCAACAGUAACCCGAAGGAUGAUUCCGUUGGACCGGUCAUCCCGCAUACUGAACUUAAGGUACUUGAUGCAAAUGAUCAAAUUCUACCGCGACAACAAAAUGGUGAAAUAUGUGUUCGAGGACCACAGAUCAUGAAGGGUUACUACAAAAACGACGCUGAUAACGAACAAACUUUUACGAAAGAUGGCUGGCUUCGCACAGGCGACAUCGGAUCAGUUGAUGAGAAAGACUUUGUAUAUUUGUUUGAUAGAAGCAAAGAACUCAUCAAAGUUAAGGGAUUUCAGGUAGCUCCGGCAGAACUGGAGUCCAUCCUGUUGAGCCAUCCAUUGGUAGCUGACACUGCAGUCAUCGGAGUUCCCGACGACCAACUUGGAGAGAAGCCUCGUGCUUACGUGGUCCUCAAGAAAACCGAUUCUGUCAAAGCGCAAGAGUUGGUUCAGUUUGUCGAAGGUAAAGUAGCUGCCUUCAAACGACUGACCGGCGGCGUGGAAUUCGUUCAGGAAAUUCCCAAAUCUCAAACUGGGAAGAUAUUAAGAAGGGUGUUGAAAGAAAAGUUGUUGUCUUGAAAAUAUUCAAUGAUUGAUUUCAUUCUGCUGUGCUGUAACCCACUUUAAAAAUAACGAGUACGUUACGGUUUUUGUCAGAGGUGAUAUCUGCUGCACACGCUGCCGGUUCAUUCUCUCAAACAAUUUUAUGUUCACUCGAUGUUAACUGAAUUAAACAUCACUUGGAAUUAUGUUACAUCAUGAAACUGUGGCUGUUUCAUUUCAUGUUUUCCCAUAAUUAUUUAACUAACUUGUUAUAUAUUUGAAAGAUGUUAUGGUGUUGUAUCCUCUAUUAUGCUCAAACAAUUCAAUAAAUUGCCUUUAAAGUUUUUAAAAACGACUAUAAAAUAAA